UCUCCCAAUGUAAUAACAAAACCCUGUCAUCUGCUGACAACCAUGCAAAGGGAAUUUGUUUCUAUUCCCACAACCAUUUUUUCCCCCAACCCAUACAUGAUACGUGCACUUGAAAGAGAAGUUCAAGAACCCAUUCACAACACACCUAGUUGGACCAUUUUCAAUUCCACCCAAAACCAGUGCCCAAAAAUGUCCCCUGCCCUCCUCCUCCUCCUCCUCCUCCUUGCCUCCACCAUCUCCGCCGCCACCGCGGCAGCACAACUCUGCCCUGGUUUCUACACCGAGACGUGCCCGGAAGCCGAGCUGAUUGUCAGGGGCGUGAUGAAGAAAGCCAUGGCCAGGGAACCCAGAGAUGGAGCCUCCGUUAUGCGCUUGCAAUUCCAUGAUUGCUUUGUUAAUGGUUGUGAUGCUUCUCUGCUGCUUGAUGAUACACCAAACAUGCUUGGUGAAAAACUUUCCUUGUCUAAUAUAAAUUCACUAAGAUCUUAUGAAGUUAUCGAUGAAGUCAAGAAAGAGUUAGAGAAGGCCUGCCCUGGAAUUGUUUCUUGUGCCGAUAUCAUAAUCAUGGCCUCUAGAGAUGCUGUUGCUUUGAGUGGAGGACCUGAUUGGGAAGUGAAAUUGGGAAGGAAAGACAGCUUAACAGCCAGCCAAGAAGACUCAGACAACAUCAUGCCAAGCCCAAGAGCAAAUGCAAGCACCCUCAUUGAUCUCUUUGGCAGAUUCAAUCUCUCAAUCAAAGACCUUGUGGCCCUUUCUGGUUCACACUCCAUUGGCAAAGCUAGGUGCUUUUCCAUAAUCUUUCGGCUCUAUAAUCAAUCCGGUUCUGGCCAGCCUGACCCAACCAUUGAGCCAAGGUUCCGAGAAAAGCUGGACAAGCUGUGUCCAAUUGGUGGGGAUGAGAAUGUGACGGGAGAUUUGGAUGCAACGCCUGAAAUUUUUGAUAACCAGUACUUCAAGGACUUGGUCCAUGGCAGAGGAUUUCUCAAUUCGGACGAAACCCUAUUCACAAACGCGCGAACUAGAGGAUUUGUGAAGCUGUUUAGUGUUGAUGAAGGUGAAUUCUUUGAUGCCUUCAUUGAAGGGAUGGUUAAGAUGGGUGACUUGCAAUCAGGGAGGCCAGGGGAGAUCAGAAGGAAUUGCAGGGUGGUGAAUAGGUCUCCUAUGGAAAAGAUUGAAGGCUGGAAGGGAAAGGAAAGUUACAUAAUUAGAGCCAUUUGAUGGAAUAGGAAGGAAGAAGGAAAGUUGAGACGGAAUUGUUCAAAUGUCUUCAUGGUGGACAAAUGUUACAUGAACUUGGAUUAUUAGUAUUGAGAUUAUUACAAUCAAUCUUGAGAAUAAUAUCAAAAAUUUUAUUUCAAAUU